AUGACAAGCUAUGAACAAGGAUCUUUGCAAGUACAGGCUUUAGCUUCAAGUAUAUCCAAGAGGCUAGCUACCGAAACCAAUUCCUUACUCGUAAAUAUUGUUCCUACAGGGAGACAAGCCAAACGGCAUGCACAACAAAUCAAUUAUGCUGAGGAUUUUGGUGACGAUUUUGAAUUUGAUUCCACUCCCAAUGAUUUGUCAAGCAAUGGUAAUGAUAGGAGUAGCCGGAAUUUUAUAGAGGCAAAAACUCAAGUUGAUAUCCAGAAGUUUGGUCCUGCGAGAAACACACCAAGGAUAAAACUGCUUGAAGUUGAAACUUUGUUUACCAGUCAAACGAAUAAACCCGAAGUGCUUAUUCCUAUUAAAUUGAAUUUGGAAAGUGCAACUAGUAACCAUAAGUUGAACGAUAUAUUCAUGUGGAACUUGAACGAGUCCCUAGUGACACCACUGAAAUUUGCCGAAAUUUUAUGCAAUGAUCUCGAAUUACCUCACUCUAUGGUUUCCCAGAUUUCAGAUAGUAUAACCCAACAAUUGGAGGAGUACUCUUAUGCGUCAAACUUGACUAUGCAGAACAAGAAUCCAUGUAACGUGAUUAUCGACUUAUCAGUCAAUUUGAACAAACAAUUGUAUCAAGACCGUAUAGAAUGGGAUUUGAACCAAAAUGAAGUAACCCCCGAGCAAUUCGCCGAAAUAGUAGUGGCUGAUUUGGGAUUAUCUUUAGAGUUUAUACUUGCAAUCUCCCACUCACUACAUGAGAUAAUCAUACGUGUCAAAAAGGAAAUCAUCGAUGGGUCAUUCAACAACGAGAUUCAUAAUCUACAUCUUGUUAAGGGAAUAAUGUUUGAGAAGGGGUUGAGAAUAUUUACUGAGAACAGCAUAUCUAAUGGGAAUGACCGCUGGGAGCCCUCAGUUGAAAUCUUGAGCUCUAGUGAAAUCGAAAGAAGAGAAAACGAAAGGAUAAGAAACUUGAGAAGAUUGAAAAGAGAAAGCAUGAGACGUGACUAUGAUGAAAACCCAACAAAAAAGAGACAUGUGGGAAGACCGAGAAAGAAUGAAGUUGAGGAAUGGAGGUGA